CCGGUCUCAGAAUACUGGCCGAUACUUCCUGCUUCAACAUAACGAGGAGAUUAGUUUGCAGAGGCAAUGAGUGCCGAGUAUUGCAUCUCACUAAAAGAUGUGCAGGAAGCCCGGGAGAGAAUCCAUGAGUCGGUCCAUAUGACGCCUGUGCUGACCAGCUCAAGUCUGGAUGCGUUAGCGGCACGCAAGCUUUUCUUUAAGUGCGAGCUGCUGCAGAAAACCGGAUCAUUUAAGAUUCGAGGUGCAUUAAAUGCAGUUAGCAAGCUCCCUGCAAACAAAUCCAUGGCUGUUGUGACCCACAGCAGUGGCAAUCAUGGCCAAGCUCUAGCACUGGCAGCGAGGAUGAGAGGCAUUCCUGCACAUGUUGUGGUACCAAAGACGGCUGCAUCCUGCAAAAAAGCUGCAAUCCGUGGCUACGGUGCCUUAAUCGUGGAAUGUGAACCUACGGAUGAGUCCCGAGCAGAGGUGGCGGCUCAGACUGUGACCAUGACUGGUGGAGUGUUGGUGCAUCCAAAUCAAGACCCAGAUGUGAUUGCAGGACAGGGAACCAUCGGCCUGGAAGUGCUACAGCAGGUGCCAGGACUGGAGGCAGUUGUCAUACCUGUAGGUGGUGGAGGGAUGUUGGCAGGAAUAGCCGUUGCUAUAAAGGCAAUAAAACCAGAAGUGAGAAUAUAUGCAGCAGAGCCUUUAAAUGCAGAUGACUGCUACCGUUCCAAGGUUAAUGGCAUGCUGACCCCUAACCUCCGACCUCCAACCACCAUAGCAGACAGUGUGAAGACCAGCAUUGGGCCUAACACAUGGCCAAUUAUUCGGGACCUGGUAGAUGAUGUGUUUGUAGUCCGAGAGGAAGAGAUUAAGGUUGCUACACGGUUGGUGUGGCAGAGGUUGAAGCUGCUCAUUGAGCCAACCGCCGGCCUGGGUUUAGCUGCUGUUCUGUCCAGCCGUUUUAAAGAUGUUGGGCAUGAUCUUCAAAACGUAUGUGUGGUGCUGUGCGGCGGAAACAUAGACUUGGGGGAUGCAGACUGGCUGCGGGAGCCGCUUUGAAACCAAACAACUUUCAGGAUGGAUGAUGUUGCAGAUAAAUUUAUAUCACAACAAACAAGGAAAA